ACCAACGUUACACGCCCCCAGUCAGGUGCAACCAACCCGUUUCACUCGCCCACGCCAAACCCAGCAAAUCAGCGCCGCGCACGCAAAAACGCACCAUGUCGGAGCCGACGCCCAGCGACGCCGUCCCCGCCUCUUCAUCCGGUGCUGCAGCAACAGGCGAAGCCAACACCAACGCGGCCAACAACGCCCAAGAAAGCAGCAGCACCGCUGGCAACAACACCAACGACGGAAGCGCAACUGCUCCCGGCCCUGCAGUCAAAGAAGAAGAGCUCGACAAGACCAUCGACGCAGACUUGAACCUGAACCCAGACGCAGGCAGCAGCGCCGCGCACCCUGACGCCAUGAAUCUCGACGGCGCUCCCAACGAUGCCGAUGCCGCGGGCAAUGGCUCUGGUGCUGGUGCGCCUGGCCAGGAGGGUCUCAACAGUGCGCAGCCGGCGCUGGAGUCGCGGAUCCCGACCAAGAAGGACGCGAGUCUGCGCGAGUUCAUGGGCAAGAUGGACGACUAUGCGCCAAUCAUCCCCGACGCAGUAACAAACUACUACCUCACGCUGGCGGGGCUGCCACCACCACCAGAAACGCCCCCGCACCUCGCGCGCCUCCUCGCGCUCGCAACGCAAAAGUUCAUCGCCGACAUCGCCGCCGACGCGUACCAGUACAGCCGGAUCCGGUCCAGCAACACGACGUCGAACAACCCGAUGGGCGGGCUAGGCGGGGCUGCGGGCUUCGGGCUGCCGGGCGCUGGUGGCGUCGCCCCCGGCGCUCCGGGUGCUGCGGGUGCGGGCGGCGCGGGCAGCUCCAAGGACAGCCAGGGCAAGGGGCUCAAUCUUGGUGUUCAGAGGCCGGGGUAUGGUGGUGGGGGGCAGGGAGGGAGUCAGGGGCGCACGGUACUUACGAUGGAGGAUUUGGGCAUGGCGGUUGGUGAGUACGGCGUUAAUGUUAAGAGGGGCGAGUUUUAUCGGUAGGUUGGUGUGUGGGGGGAAGUGAGGUGAGGUGAGAGGGAUGCGAGGGUUGGCGGUGUUGGUGGAGUGGGUGGGGCGCGUGGGGGUAAUCGGAUGGUGAUGGAUGCAGAUUUGAUGCUGAUGCUGACGCUGACGCUGACGCUGAUGCUGAUGCUGAUGCUGAUGCUGAUACUGAUGUUGGUGCUGCUGAUGGUGGCGCGCGCCGCACGCACAUGGAUGGGACGGGCUGGGCUUGGGUUCGGACGGGGUCUAUCCGCGGCUUUCUAGGUAUGGUUUCAGAUUGCACUCACUCCCGAGGGCGGGCGGCGUUUCUGGCGUUUUUCAUAGAGUCCAUCGCGGCUAUGUAGGUACGCUACAAUCACGGGCGGCAGGGCGCGGACGAACGAACGCUUUGCGGCAAUAUGGCAGAAAAGAAUCGAAGACAUGUUUUGCAGAGAUCGUAUAUGGACGGGGGAAGGAAUGUAGUGUC